AUUCAAGAUUAAGUGCCUGAAUAUCCAGCAUCAUGUUUACCUUCGCUCUUCUCCUUCUCUGCGUUCAGGGCUGCCUGAUCAAAAAUGCGUACGGUCAGUGCUGUGGCUGUGGAUGCGGUGGUGGUUGCGGUUGCGGUUGCUAUGGCGGCGAGGGCGAAGGUAAUGUGAACGUCUGCGGUGAACUGCCCGUCUGUGGUGAAACCUGUGUCUGUGGCCGCGUGCCCGUCUGCGGUGCUGUUUGCUUCAGGGGCCCAGCCUGUGCUAGAGGUUGUGUCUCCAUUUGCGGACGUUGCGUUCCCACAUGCUGUUGCGGAUGCGGCUGUGGAGGCUGCGGUGGAUGCGGAUGCGGCUGUGGAGGUUACGGAGGAUGCGGAUGCGGACGUAGAUGCUGUUGCUGCUAAAAAACUCAUCGAGUUUUUUAUUAUUGACAAAAUCAAUAAAACCCAGCUUCAGUAACAACUCUCAUUGUAUUUUCAAUACCAAAAUUGUAUUUUAUUUAAGUUCGAAAUCAUAUUUGUGCAAUAAAAAAAAAAUUCGUCUAUUUUUA